UGGCCGGAUCUGAACUACGGUAGAGUUGUUAUUGAAUGAGGUGACCAUCAAUCGAUUUUAAUAUCAAAAGACUAGCGACAUGGCUGCAGAUCAGAGGGAUUUGAAUAAGCAGCUGAUAGAACGGCUGCAAGCAGAAAACAUAAUUCUACCCAUAUCAAGAGAAUUUGCCCAAUUAGAAACGAAUGAAAAUCGCGUGAACUUUGUCUAUGACUUGCUCAAAACUAAGGAUUUAUUACCACCCUUGAUAAGAGACGCAAAAAAUGACACGGAAAGUACGAAAUAUAGGAAUCAAGGCAACAACAUGUUCAUACAGGCAAAACACAAAGAAGCUCAUCAACUCUAUACCAAAAGCCUUGCGCUGGCCGAACCUGGAAGUUUAAACGUAGCCCUGGCUUACGGAAACAGAUCGGCUGUAUUAUUUAAAAAAAAGCUGUAUGGAGAAUGUUUGAAAGAUGCACAUCGGGCUCUAGAAAACAAUUAUCCGAUAAAUAUAAGCCCGAAAUUGAUCAAAAGAAUAGCCGAAGCCGAACGUCUUCUCAGCGCAAGCAAGACGCUUUGCUUCUACAAACCCAUGCCGGAAAUAUCCGAAAAAAAUAGCAACGCUUUAAUUCAAUCAGCUGCAAACAGUGUGAAAGUGGAAUAUUCCGGAGCUUUUGGACGUUAUGUGGUUGCAACAAGGGAUUUAGAGCCUGGAGAAAUAAUUGCAGUGGAAAAAGCAUUUUGCAGUAUACUCGAAAGUAAAGUUCACAUAUAUUGCCAUCAUUGCCUAAAACUCUGCUACUCGUUGAUUCCAUGCCUAAAUUGCACUCAGGCUUUGUUUUGUAGUACAGCUUGCCAAUCUGAAGCAAAUAAACAAUACCACCAAUACGAGUGUCCCAUUGUAGUAAGCGUAAGAAAACUAGACGAAACUAAAAUGUUGCACUUGAAACUGACGAUUGUGGUCAGAGACAAAUAUAAAAGCUUGGAUCAAUGCAAGUUAAAACCGGAUGAAAUCUACAGAAGCGACAGAUACGAGGAAAUUUUUAAUUUAGUGGCAAACACGUCAAGUCGAUCGAUAUCCGAUCUGUUUUCCAGGGCAACAAGUGCAGCAGGAUAUUUCCAUUUGAUGAAGGAACACACGAAUUUUUUCCACGGCGAAACCAAAGACUGCGAAGGUGUUUUUAAGGAACUUUUGCUUUUUCAUAUGCAGAUAGGACCAUGCAACUUUCACCAAAUAUCAUCAAGACUAUCAACUGUUGGGGAUGCCGAUUGGACACUGGGGUCAGCAGCUUAUUCCUUUCUGAGUUUGUUCAAUCAUUCGUGUUUUCCUAACGUAUCGCGGUACGAGUAUGGAUCAGUUGCCGCGAUUUUCACCAUAAGGUCAAUUCGGAAAGGAGAACAAUGUUUUGAGAACUACGGUCAACAUUACGCAUUAAUGUCAAAAGCAGAUCGCCAGGCAAAAUUGAAAAAACAGUACUAUUUCGAUUGUAAUUGCGAAGCUUGUUUAAAUGACUAUGGCAUGUAUAAUUGCCUGCCGGUGAUUGGUGGAAGCCAACAAUCAGCGGUUGAAACCUUCCAACUGUUGCAAAGCGGCAGUUUAAUCGAAGCUGAGAAAGCCGUCCCAAAAAUGAUCAAAGAAAUUAGACGAACGGAAACCAAAAUGCCUAACCAGGAAUUGGGGGAGUUCCAAGAAGCCCUCAAGCAGUGCUUUUUCAUUUUUUCAACACUGGAAACACCAAUUUGACUUCGUUAGAGUCUGUUUAAUUGUUUCAACUUUGAUUUUGUACUUAGUGUAAUUACCAUUUAUUUGUAUUAGAUGAAAACUUUUUUAAA